CUAUCCAUUCAAUUACCUGGCGGCAUCUUUGUGCGCAGUAACAACAGAUAUAUAGACUUCGGUAGAAGGGUGGUGAGGUCGAAGCUUUAAGCAUAAUGGCUCAGUCGGAUUUAACUGUUCAAGUUCUCAACCUGUCCCCCAGCGUGACUCGCGCAGAGUUGAAUACCUUCUUCUCUUAUUGUGGAACUGUUGAGAAGAUUGAGCUUCAGAACAGAGACAAAGACCAAAUGCAGUCAGCUCUAGUGACUUUCAGACAGCCAUAUGCUUUUCAGACUGCGCUUCUCCUGAGUGAUGCUCUCCUCGGUGGGCAACCAAUUCGGAUAUUGUCUGUGCAUGAUAUAGAGAUCCCUAUCACCGGUCCAGAUAUAAGAAAGAACCAUGGAUCGUCCAGAUUUGUUCCGGCAGUGCAAGUUGCGAUGCAGACAGUGGCUUUGAAAAGCGUUGAAAUGUUGAGCAAGGCCAGAGAACUAGAGGAGAAUUACAAGCUGUCAGAGAAAGGAAGAACACUAGCGCUCCAAACAAGAGCAGCAGUCUAUGAUGCUGAGCAGGCAGCAGAAAACUAUGUUUCGGCUGGUGCUGGGUGGUUGUCCGGUGCACUUGAUAAGACGUCCAAACGUGUCUUGUCACUGGGAACUGUGAAGAGGAAUGGUCCUAACUCCUAACUUCAAGAAGCAGAAAUGAGCCUAGCUACUAUUUGUUGCCCGCAUUACAGCUGGAUCUGCUUAAAUGCAUACUGUAAUUAAUUACAGAAACUGAUGUUUAUUGCAUGAUAAUCUCUUAUUUGCAAACAAUUUGGAGAUUUCUGAACAAAGGUUGGGUUUGUUUUUUC